AUGGCUUCUCCUUCCAAGGCGAAGGAGGUUUUCUCCUCCGACGAAGAGGGCCCGGCGGCCGGCGCCGAGGAGCACCACAAAGUCAAGGUGUCCAGCUUGCCGUUCAGCGUGGAAGCCCUCAUGUCCGACAAGAAACCCCCCAAAGAGCUGCCGCUGGCCGCAGCGGGGGGCAGCGCCGACGGGGCGGCGGUAGGCACCUCCAGGAACCUGCUGCUGCCGGGCCACGGCUCCCGGGACGCUCAUAGCCCACCUGGGGCACUUACAAAAACCUUCGAUACCGCUUCGGUCAAAUCGGAGAACUCGGAGGAUGGCACGUCCUGGAUCCAAGAAGCCGGGAGAUAUUCUCCUCCGCCAAGACACCUGAGCCCCACUGCCUGCACCCUGAGGAAGCACAAGACGAAUAGGAAGCCCCGAACCCCAUUCACCACUUCCCAGCUGCUGGCUCUGGAGCGCAAGUUCCGCCAGAAGCAGUAUCUGUCCAUCGCCGAGAGAGCCGAGUUCUCCAGCUCCCUCAACCUCACAGAGACCCAGGUCAAAAUCUGGUUCCAGAAUCGGAGGGCCAAGGCCAAGAGACUGCAGGAGGCUGAGCUAGAGAAGCUCAAAAUGGCAGCAAAACCCAUGUUGCCAUCAGGGUUCAGCCUCCCUUUCCCCAUCAACUCUCCCAUUCAGGCUGCCUCGCUGUAUGGAACAUCCUACCCUUUUCACAGACCUGUGCUUCCUAUCCCACCUGUUGGACUCUAUGCUACUCCUGUUGGAUAUAGCAUGUACCACUUAUCCUAAGAAGAUCAGAAAGACAAAGUGACAGUGAGACAGACUUCCUGGUGGAUCAUGUCCAACCUGGAGAAGGCAGUACCCCAACCAGUACUGAUUGUUCUUUCUGCACGCUUCUCUCUGCCAUCCUGAGUGUACAGGAGUUUGCAUUAGCAAAGCAAGGCAUCCUGUAUGCUAUUGGUUGGGUGUCUUCUGAGAGUGCUCUGAGCACUCAGAGUCUGACCC